GCUUUUGUAGCCGUGCCUGGGAUCUUUUUUUUUGGGGGGGGGGGGAGGGAGGGGCAGAACAGUGUGUUUGACCGCAGGAGCGGUCGGGGGAAGCGGCUGGGAAUUCUGCUGGAAGUGUUUUCCUCUGCUCCGGGGUUAAAACUAAACAAGAGCCGAGUGUAUUUAGGUGCAGAACACACACCCGAGCCAGACCCCGCCGAGUUCUUCGACCUCCGUUUUGUCUGAUGGGUUCUUUUUUUCCCAGUUGUUAGAGCGUUUCUUGGUAUGUUUGCAAAGCACUUCUUCGGAAGCAUUUCGUUCUUUGCGAUAGGUCUGGAAAAGCCUUGCUUGGAUGUGCUGUUUUUUUUUCCCAGUUCCUUCGUGCUGGGGACAAAAAAAAUGCUCUUUUUGGGGGUGGGGAAGGAAGAAGGAAGAGGAAAUGAAGGUUUAAGCAUGUUUGUGGAGUCAGGUCUCUCUCAAUUUGUUCUGCUCAAGUAACAACUGGGAGUGUGACUCGGUGGCAUUUAAGUACAGAACGUUUGUGAACAAAAACUGCGAGGAUUUAAACUUUAUAGGGAGGAAAGUGUUAAACUGAUGGGAAGGCACGCGUUUGAGAGAGCGGAUCUCAGAGACACUACCUACGUGCCCCUGCUUCAAACUAGUGGGGAUGGAGGGGAAAAAAAAAAAGAAAACCGGUGGGAAAAAAAAUCCAAAAACCAACCCUACAAUUUGCAUGAACGAUGCCACGUAAAAUACCGGAGCGAGGAAUUGUGCUCUGCAGACGAAAGCCUGAAGUCCCGUGAUAUGACUCGCUCAUUUCUGCAGGGCUCAUCAGAAUGGUGAAUAACACUGAAGACCCUCAAGAGGCUUUAUAACGUCCCAUCCCCAUGUAAAGUAUGCUCAGAACUUUUCCAGUAGUCCUGCUGGAAACCAUGUCUCACUACACGGACGAGCCAAGAUUUACCAUAGAGCAGAUAGACCUUCUGCAGCGCCUGAGACGCACGGGAAUGACCAGGCAUGAGAUCCUCCACGCUCUGGAAACCUUGGAUCGCCUCGACCAAGAGCAUAGCGACAAAUUCGGGAGAAGGUCCGGCUACGGGGGCGGUUCCUACGGCAACAGCACCAACAACGUGCCGGCCUCCUCCUCCACGGCCACGGCCUCCACGCAGACCCAGCACUGUGGGAUGUCCCCCUCGCCCAGCAACAGUUACGACACCUCCCCGCAGCCUUGCACUACUAAUCAGAACGGGAGGGAGAGUAACGACAGGUUGUCCGCCUUCAACGGGAAGAUGUCGCCCACCCGGUACCCCCUGGCCAACAGCCUGGCCCAGAGGUCCUACAGCUUCGAGGCCUCCGAGGAGGACCUGGACAUCGACGACAAGGUGGAGGAGCUGAUGAGGAGGGACAGCAGUGUGAUAAAGGAGGAAAUCAAAGCCUUCCUGGCCAACCGGAGAAUCUCCCAAGCAGUUGUUGCACAGGUAACAGGGAUCAGUCAGAGCCGGAUCUCCCAUUGGCUGUUGCAGCAGGGGUCGGACCUGAGUGAACAGAAGAAAAGGGCAUUUUACAGAUGGUACCAGCUUGAGAAGACAAAUCCUGGGGCCACACUAAGCAUGAGACCAGCUCCUAUCCCAGUAGAAGAGCCAGAAUGGAGACAGACGCCUCCCCCAGUCACAGCUACCUCUGGGACCUUCAGACUACGGCGAGGCAGUCGGUUCACGUGGAGAAAGGAGUGCCUGGCAGUCAUGGAAAGUUACUUCAAUGAGAAUCAAUAUCCAGACGAGGCAAAGAGAGAAGAAAUUGCCAAUGCCUGUAAUGCAGUUAUCCAGAAACCAGGAAAAAAGUUGUCGGAUUUGGAGCGAGUCACCUCCCUCAAAGUGUACAAUUGGUUUGCCAACAGGAGGAAGGAGAUCAAGAGAAGAGCCAAUAUCGAAGCAGCAAUCCUGGAGAGCCAUGGAAUAGAUGUACAGAGUCCGGGAGGCCAUUCCAACAGCGACGACGUGGAUGGCAAUGACUACUCAGAGCAGGACACUUGGCAAGUACGCAACGGGGAGGAGGAGGGAAGAUGUUCAGAGGGAGGCAGAGAAGCAGAGAAGGUAGAAGAAGACAGGAGGAUCUGCUCCAAACAAGCAAGUUACACCCCUCACACCACAUGCAGUGAUGACAGCACUAGCCAUAGUGACCACCAAGACCCCAUUUCCUUAGCCGUGGAGAUGGCAGCAGUCAACCACACCAUCCUGGCACUGGCCCGGCAAGGAGCCAACGAGAUCAAGACAGAGGCUCUCGACGACGACUGAUACAAAGAGAGGGGAGGGUCAAAGCAAGAAGUAACUUAGUUUUAGACGUAGCACCUUAGCAGACUUUCCUCGGUCCUUAAUAUGUGUUCUUACAGUAUAACUUUGCAGUUUCUUGUACGUCAGUUUAGCUGUUAGGGUCUUGUUCUGUGAAGAUGGCAUGGUGCCCUCAGCCUUUGCAUAUACUCUCUCAGUAUUAAUUCCCAAUAAAUAAUCAAUCAACCAACCAACCUCCCCUCUCCCGGCCCCAAGUGGCUAGAAAAAAAAAGAAAAAAAAAAGAAAAAAAAAAU